GUAUUAAUUUGGUCCAGUCCGAAUCAACCCAAAUACCGUUCCAAUCCAUCUCAAUCCCCACGUCAGAUCCCGAAUCGCUGUCUUCGACAGCAGCGACCCAUUUUGCUGAUAAUUCUGCAGCUAGAACUCUACCUUAACCAGGAAAGUGCCAAAUGAUUCAACAAAGCAAAAAGAAUCGAUACUUUGGCUAGCUGUGCUGCGAAUGCCAGAACGCGUCAACCGACAAAUACUUUCUUACUGCUGCUACCAAAGCUGCUUCCUUUACUAUCUUGGGUCCCAUUUCUCACAAUCACUAAAAGCCGAAAGAACGCCAAAGCAUCAUCUUUGAAAUUGAAUCCCCUGAAAUGGCAUGGCCUUCCUCUCUCUCACUCUCCCGCCACCUCCCCCAAUUCUCAACUCCAUCGCAGCAAUCGCACUAACCCUCUUCACCAUUCUCCUUGUCGCACUAAAUCCUCAAUCCCCUUCGAACCCAUCUCCCCAAAUCCACCAAAGAUCCCUCCUCUCCCAAACUCAUGACUCCCAAAUCCCCCCAAUUUCUUGCUCCUCUCUUCCCCCAUCAAACGGCCUCAUCAACUACCUCGCGAUCCACUUCUGCCUCUUCAAUGGCGAAUCCACCUUCUCCGUCCCAAUUCUCUCCCUCUUCAUCCUCCUCCAAUUCUACAUUCUCAUCAAAACCGCCCAAUCCCACUUCUCAAUCGUCACCACCAAGCUCGCGGGCCACCUCAACCUCUCCCCGAGCAUGGGCGGGGUCACUCUCUUGGCUCUCGGCAAUGGAGCUCCCGACGUGUUCGCCUCUCUCGCGGCUGUGAGGUCGGGGCAGUACAGGACGGGCUUCGGGGCGAUACUGUCGGCUGGAACUUUUGUUUCGGCGUUUGUCGUUGGGUUCGUGGCGAUCUAUGCCGCACCGUUUAGUGUGGAUCCGGGCUCGUUUGUGAGAGAUGUAGGGUUCUAUCUGGUUGCGGCUAUGUCGCUGUUCUAUGUGUAUUUGAGUGGCGAGAUCAGUUUCUGGCAGGCUGCUGGGUUCGUUGGGUUUUAUCUCUUCUUUGUUGGGGUUGUGUUUUGGAUGGAUUUGGGGAUGAAUAAGGGUAAGCGCGGGGGAAGAGGUAGAGGAGGAGACGGCGGGAACAGAGAUUUGGAGGAGUUGGUGGAUUUUGAGAGUGGUCAAAAGGCAGUUGGAACUGGUGGAAGCUUGAAGGAGGAUGGGACUGGAUUUCUUGAUAAGGGUUUCGGAAAGAUCUCAAAACUUUGGGACAUCCCUGUCACAUUACUUCUGAACCUCACCAUCCCUCAACCAGCACCAUCAAAAUGGAACAGAUUCCACCAAUCAGCCAACAUAAUGCUCUGCCCACUAGCCCUUCUCUACUCUUGCAGCUCAAUCACACCCUUAAACCACCCCAUCUCUUUCCUCCUCUCAACAAUCCACUUCCCACUCUGGUUCAUAACCCUCCUAGCAACCUCCUCCCUCGCCUUACUCCACUUCAUCCUGCAAAACCAACCCCCGAAAACCGAGCAACUCCCUGUCGUCCUCUUAUCAUUCCUAAUGAGCGUGUUCUGGAUAUCCACCACCGCUGCAGAGCUCUUAAACUGUUUGGCUGCACUCGGUACCAUCCUCGAGGUCGCCCCAUCCUUGCUUGGGCUGACCGUGCUCGCCUGGGGGAACUCAGUUGGCGACCUUGUCGCUGAUGUGGCAGUGGCCAGAGCUGGACAACCGGCGAUGGCGAUGGCCGGUUGCUUCGCGGGGCCCAUGUUCAAUAUGCUGGUGGGGCUUGGUUCGGCUUUGGUUGUGCAGACGGGUGAGAUGUAUCCGGAGGCUUAUCAGCUCAAGUUUCACAUGGGUAUUGUGGUGGCGUUUGGGUUCCUGGUGAUGAGCCUGAUGGGUUCUUUGCUCGUUGUCACUUGGUCGAGGUUUCGGGUUCCCAGGUUCUGGGGGUUCUGCCUCGUUGGGCUUUACGCAGUUUUCAUGGUCGUUAGCUUGCUUAUUGCCACGUUCGCGAUUGGUUGAAUCCUGAGCAUAUUAAGAACCUUUUUUGUGCAAGCUAGGUAGAUUAGAAAGGUUUACACUUUGUCUGUUUAGUGUAUAGUUAUACAAUUUUUCAUGUAAUAAGCAGGCUUUUGGAGCAACUCAUUGCUUUGUUGACCUGAAAUUGAAAUGAAU